UGUAAAUUACGUUCUCUACGCCAAGUUGUCUAUGCCAAGGAGCUAUUACUGCUUGAGAUGUCGAUAGAGUUGUUCUUUAUAAUCUUCCUUCUUUUGCCAUUUUUGUUCUUUCCAUCUCUCAUCCUUUCCUUCAUUCAUUCGUUCCGUCUUUUAUUUUAUCCUUCUUUCCUUUUAUCAUUCUUUUACACAUCUGUUUGUCGUGAGCACUUGUCCAAUCUUACUUUCAAGCUGUACCGUACCGUCUUUUCCAAAUCAAGCGACUCCCUGUUUUCAUCCAAUAAUUCCCACUAUGCAAUUUCUCACCCUCCCCAUCCGGAUCCUCAUCCUUAGCGCUACUUUCUCCGCAGCUGCGGCUCUACCUACUCAGUCAGUUUUCUUUUCUCCCUUGAUUCCUCUUCUAACGUGUACGCAGACCCAAUGCCAUCGCCCUCCAAGGCCGUGAACCGUCCGAGUUCGGCUUGCAAUGGCAGGAGGGGCCCGGUCGCGUCCAUCGAGCCCGAAGUCUGUUGGAUCAAGUCAGCCCGGUCGCCGCGUUUGCCGUGGAAGCGCGGAACGCGAACGCCGGCGAGAGAGCCGCGUCGGAGGUUCUCAACCGUCGGAUUGUUUGGCCCGGCUUUCUCGGCGGUGGGAGUCGUGGGGUGGCCCGUAAGCAGGCCAAGGCCGAGAAGAAGGACCAGAAGGCGGGCGAGGCCGAGAUCAGAGAGAUACAAGCCUAUGAGAGCUAUCUGGCGAGCAGCAAAUCACAAAAGGAGAGUGCGUAUAAGUGGAGUCUGGUCAUGGAGGAGAGGGCCACCGAGUUGAGGCAGAAGGCCACGGCUGCAAAGGCAAGUGCGGCGAAGGCGGCGAAAAAGGAGACGCAGAGGGCGGCGAAGAAGGCGGCGAAGGCGGCGAGGGCUUAG